AUGACGGAUUCUGUUGUCGUGGAGGGAUACGCCAGACUCAGAGAUGGGAAAAAGUGGAAAACUAGGUGGCUCGUCCUUCGCAAGCCGUCGCCUGUAGCAGGGGCUGGUGUUUUCUUGCUCGCGUCUGCUGAGAGCGAGCAGAUCAGCUUUCUAUUCGACUGCAUCGUCAGAGGCAUCUCCCCCACCAGAGGCCCUUUUGGACUGCGGCCAGUUUUGCCAGACCCCAGCUCCAGUCAGACGAAUUCGGAGGAGAAGCUGAACCACGAGGCCCAGGAGCUGGAGAAGCGACUGAGCAUGCUCUCUCACAGGAGCAGCACAGCCUCGUCCUCAUACUGCCCGUCUACUGGGGGAGACGACCGCAGCAUAUCCGGUUCGUCCGAUGCGUCAGACACUAGCCAAUCGGACUGCAGCAUUGGCAGCCGGCUGGCCAUUUGGACCGAACCGGCCUCCAACCCACCUGAAAGCACCGGCCAUGUGGGCUCUAAAGCAGCGAUGCAGAGCGUUGAGAAGCUUUCCGUUAACCAGGGAGGUGGGAACCGGCCUCCUGCCAAGCCCCCCAGGCAGCUUCAGGAGAUCGGCCGCCAGAGCUCGUCUGAUAGUGGCAUCGCCACUGGCAGCCACUCCUCUUAUUCUGGAAGUUUCUCCUCCUACACAGGCAGCCUGGAUAUCACCCCUGGGGAGGACUUUGGGUCUGUUUUCAGCUUGCCUCCCCACUUGGCUCAAGACCUGAGCCCUUGUACUUGCCUCACUGCCCCUGUACAUGAAUACCAGGUACCAACAUCACUUAGGUAUCUCUAUGACACUCCCAGGAGUCUGUUACAGGAGGGAGGUGGAGGUGCCAAAGACGGUGAACCCUCCACCCCAACUAAGGACACUCCUGCCUCAGCAGACUCAGAAGAGGGGGAUAACAGCAGCGGGGUGACCUGUGGGGGUCACUCAGAACCUACUAAAAGACAGUCAAUGAGUGAACACUUACCAGGCCCCUCAGAGGAGAGUAAGAAAACCAAGGUGGCGCCCUCUAGUGAACACCCAGACUCCUGUCACAUCUGCAGCUCUCUCACAUCUGUCUCCAAAACCAUCGUGACCAUCUGUUCAGUGUGUGGUGGAUUUAAGGGGACACCGUGCAUCCCUGCGAGUGGUUCAGUGAUACCUGCCAUACCAGAUCAAAGUGUUGACAAAUCACCAUGCAGACCCAGUACUGCCAGUGAAGACAAUAUUGCAGAGAAUAAAAUUCUGGAGGAAUCCUGUGCCUCUCCUGGCUCUGGAAGCAUCCACAGCUCAGAGGAGCCAACAGGGCGGACGGGUGACGAUUCACCGCUGCCAAAAAAAGGAAGAGUGAAAUUAGCCAGUCUCUUAGCCGAUCUGUUAGGGUUUCCAACUGCAGAGAGGCAGCCAGAGGCGACGACUAACAGACUGAACUUGUAUGAGUCAAUGAGCCCAAGAUUUGGAAAUGAGCUCAGAUAUGCACCAACUGGCUCCUGUGUACCAUCACAAGUUUCCCAGCAAGACAAAAGAGCUGUCAUUUAUGAAAGCUGUUAUAAGUGUCAAGGAGAGCACUGCAACCCUCCUCCACGGGUUGCACCUGCUGAAAUGUACCGCAACAGGAAUGUUUCCACUGCACAAACCUUUCCACCUGGCCUGCACCUGAAGAAGAGCCGGGAACAUGGAGUUGCUGCUAAUGAGGAGCUGCUCUAUCAAGCUGGCAGUGAUGGAUCACAGAGUGUGGACAGGCAGUGUCAGUAUGAAGAGAUGAAUGGCUGGACGGUGACCAGCGAAGACAAAAGGCUUAAUAGUAAAGAGGAAAGACGCAGAGCUGAUCCUGCUUAUGAGAUCAUGGAGAGUCGGGCGCCGGAGAGGAACUCCGAGGCAGAAGGAAAAAGCAAGUACGAGCUAAUGGGCAGCUGUGGUCAGCAGAGGUUCCUGCAAGAGACUGAAGGGGCAGUGUUUGUUUUCCCCCCCGAGGCACCGCUUCCUGAAAGGCCUCGCAGCGAAGGUGUGACAUAUGUGAAUAUUCCCGUCAGUCCCACAUCCAAAAAGCAGCUCAACUACAUGGAGCUGGAGCUGCAGGAGCCAGGUCCCGGCACCCGAGGGAACAGCUCCACCAAGUACGCCCAGAUUGACAUCACCGCCACAGAGACGGCCCACAAAGUGGGCACGCAGCAUGCCCUGGGUCGGCAGGAGGGCCUGCACACUCUGGAGCUGAGGAGAAAGGCGACGCCACAUUGACCUCUUCAUCAUGAAACUCAGCACAAUGUUUUUGCCCAAGACCAGCGCACUACAUCAAAUUGUAAAGUUUGCAAGAAACAUGGCUCUGAGGGUUUUUUCCAUCCAGGCUGCUCCCGAAAGAUCUUCUGAGGUUUACGAUGAGAUUCAUUCUCUGUUCUGUUCCAGCUUUUGAAUACAGAUUUUUUUUUUGUAAAUUUCUUCAUCCAGUCGUCUGCCAAGUGUCCAUUUCUUGUCACAUUUAGACUCACUUCUGUAAUCUGAAAGCAACUUGAAGAUGGAGCCUCCUCACAAAGGUUUGGCACAGGAUCAGGAGCAGCAUUUCAGAAUUGGUCUCCUUUGUGGACUCUCGUGAGGCAUCUCAUUAAAUGGCAUUAUGUCAGCGCUGGAGCCUCGGGCUAGCUUGGAGGAAGAUGUGCCAGUCCUAAACUGAGUCACUGGCCCCAACAAACCCCCCCAGAGCAGAGGCAUUUCACAGCUCACUCGGGUCAUCUCUAAUAACAUGUAAUAUGCUGUUUUUGACCUUGUUUGGGAGAACAGGGCGGGGUGGCUGCAGGGGGAGCAGAGAUGCUGUUUAUUCUCACGAGGAAUUCUCUCAUUUAUUCCUCUGUGUUAACCACAUCAGUGAUCCCACAUGCACCUUUUAGCAAAUUCAUAUUUGGGGAAACUUUUCAUCCAGUCUUACUA